AGGGAAUGGGUGCUGGGGAGGGGCGCGGUGGGGGAGAGUGAGAGCCUCUCCAUCGUGUCCAGGGACACAGGUGACAGUGUUUCAGAGCUGCUGAGGGCAGGAAGGUUCCAGAGCAGGUGUCACAGAGGCCAGGCUGUCCUGGGGCAGGAAGGUCGCUCCCAGCACAUCCCUGGCUGGGCUGGAUGAGUUCUGCUGGGGCAGAGCUGGCCUGGAGUGAUGGGGCCGAGCCUGCUGGGAGCCACCAUCCUCCUCUGCCUGGUCGGUGUCCUCCAGGCCUAUGCCAUCGAGAAGAAAGGGGAUGUGUUCAAGAAGAUGGCGUGUCCCGCCUUCCUGACGUUCGAGAACGUCGCCUACUUGGCAGACAUGACCUUCGAGCUGCCCUGCAAGUGCAAGCCAGAGGAGGUCUCUUCCGUCGUCUGGUACUUCCAGAAGAACCUGCGUGGCCGCACGAUCACGGUGCUGACGGACUUCGACGGCACCGUGGUGCUGGACUCGAGCCACGUCCGCGCGGGCAGCGACCUGCUGAAGCGCUUCAGCAUCCGCAUGUUCAGCCUCAUCGUGUUCCGGGCCCAGCUGAGGGAUUCUGGGCACUACCUGUGCGGCUCCAAGGAAGGGCACGUCUUCUACAGCUACGACGUGGACGUGCAGCCCAUGGGGCGCAUCACGGUGGCCUUCCUGGACAGCGGCCAGCACGUGCAGGACGACUACGUGGGGGAGCAGUUCAGCCUCUUCACCACCUUCUGGGACUGGAGCAGCUGCGACCGCUGCGGGGUGCGGGGGGAGCAGCAGCGCGUUGGGCUGUGCUAUGUGCAGAGCGCCCAGCUGAGCCCCCGCUACCGCACCUCGCUGCCCAACGUCACCUCCUGCGGCUCCCGGGCUGUGCCUGUGAGCUUCCCACACCUCCUGCACCUCCGCAGCCCCGAGGUGGCCGUCCGGAGCUGCCUGAUGCCGUGCCCGCCCAAGGAGGUGCCCGAGGAGGGCGUCCAGUCCAUCUCCAACAUCGUCUACAAGUUUGGGGAGAAGCCCGACGUGCCCCGUGUCCCCAUCCAGUACCACAGCCAGCCCUCCCGCACCAACCUGGUGAUCGCGUGCCCGGGGGCCCGCCCGGAGCACACCGUGGGCUGGGACAAGGACUCAGUCCGGCUCUACCGCUCCGAGUACCUUGUGGGUGUUGAGAAGGGCAUGAGGGUCUUCAUCGACCACGGGAACCACCUGCACAUCCUGCGGGUGCGCAGGAGCGACAGGGGCACCUACUUCUGCUGGAGGGACGGCGAGAUGGUGGCGGGAUUCCGGCUCAGCGUCACCUUCCCGGCCCAGCGCCGGCGUGGCCCCGGCGACCCCGAGUCCAUCUUCGUCAUGAGGGCCGUGGGCAUCGGCUUCGCCGUCAUCACCGGCAUCUUCUUCCUCGCCCACCUGGGCCGCUGCUGCUGGUGGGUGCUCAGGAAACCGGCCGGGUUGUAGUGUCUCCCCUGGAGCGCACUUGGAUGCCUCGGAUCAUCCUCCUGUCGGAAAUCUCCGGUGUUUUGACCGUUUUUAGUUUGCUUUUCACUUUUCAAAGGAAAAAUAUUUUUCGAAUUAACCUGAUGAUUAAACAUCUCUGGUUCUGGGGCUGUUUUGAACCCGCCCAACUCAGCACAGAGUUGGGAGCCGAUGUUUGAGGUAGAGCUUAAAGGACACAGGGGCAGCACAGACCCCUCUCCCAGGCUGGGGCAGGGCAGCUCCUCAGCCUGCUCCAGGCUCCAGGGCCCCCCCAGGGAGCCCGGGGUGGCUGCAGGGGACACAAUCUGCACUCAUGAGAAUGAGCUAAACACUCGGUGAUGACAUGAGGAGCAAAGCCAGGGAAAGGAUGUGGCAGGAAGGGACAGAGCUACAGGAAACAAUCAGCACCUCCCACACUUGGUGAAGG